AUGUCAGGCUGGAUGAGCUGGUUCGGCGGGCGAAAGGACACGCGCGAGCAGGCGCGCGACUCGAUCGUCCAGCUGCGCCAACAGCUGCUCAUGAUCGAGAAGAAGGAGGAGCACCUCCAGAAGAAGAUUGACGACGAGACGAGCAAAGCACGCGCCAACGCGACCUCUAACAAGUCGGCGGCACUCUAUGCGCUCAAGCGGAAGAAGGCGUUUGAGAACGAGCUUGACAGGCUCGGCGGAACACGGAUGACGCUCGAGACACAGGUCAAUGCGAUCGAGUCGGCGACGCUCAACGCCGAAACGAUGGUGGCGAUGAAGCGGGGUGCUGAUGCGCUCAAGUCGAUCCACCAGGGACUCAAAGUCGACAAGGUCGACGAGACGAUGGACAGCAUCCGCGAGCAGAUGGAGCUCACAAACGAGAUCUCGAACGCCAUUUCCGACCCGACCAACAUGGUCCAGCUCGACGAGGACGACCUGCAGGCCGAGCUCGACGCGCUCGAGCAGGAGGAGCUCGACAGCCGCCUUGCAGGAGCGGACCAUGUGCCCGUCCACACGCCAGCGUCGCCCGUCGCUGCCACCAAGGGCAAGACGGCGGCCAAGGAGGAGGAUGACGAAGAGGCGCAACUCCGCCAGCUCCAGGCGGAGCUUGCCAUGUAG